AUGCCACCAACAUCUCCCAAAGGCUCUUCGCGCAGCAAGAAUGCUAACGAGGAUAGUCGGAGCUCAGGACGAAAAUUUCGCAGGGAACGUCGGGCAGCGCGAAGGUUAGCACAGAGUACUCGUGAAGAUAGUGGUUCAUACACGAAGGAACCGGAAGACAAGAGGUCUUCAAAAACCGCAAAAAAUGCAUCCGAUAAAGCAACAACGUUUGAGGAAAACGAAGACUUUAUACCAUUUUCCGAUAUAUCUGACGAGGAAGCCGGUCCUAGCACACGCAAGGAGGAAAAGGGACGCGAGGAACGAAAAGAGACGAAUGACAGGAACAAACCAGAUUCUACGAUGUCUGAACGGGCACGGGAUAAAUCUAGAAUGAGGGAAAGGGAUUCUGAUCGAGGCGGGGACAGGGAUGAGAGGGACUCAAGCCGAAGGUCGUCUGGUAAACGGAGACAUGACGAAUACGACGACGGUUAUGCAAACAAAAAGCAAAGAGUGGAUGCAGCGUCUAGAAAAGCUCCUUGGGUUAACGGAUUAGAUCUUGAACGUUGUCAAAACGUUGCUGAGAUGUUGCAUUGGGAAGUAGAUGCCUUCGUGAAUUGGAUAUCACCGACACCCGUAGAAGACGAGAUACGUGGGUUAGUUGUUUCCCAAAUCACAAAAUGCGUUACCGCCGCCUUCCCCGACGCUGUAGUCUUUCCCUUUGGGAGUUAUCAAACAAAAUUGUAUCUCCCUCUUGGCGAUAUCGAUCUGGUUGUACUUUCAGACUCUAUGGCCUAUAGUGACAAGGCUACCGUCCUGCAUGUCAUGGCCAACGCUCUGAAACGCCACGGAAUAACCUCCCAUGUUACCAUAAUAGCAAAGGCUAAAGUCCCCAUUGUCAAAUUUACCACCACCCAUGGACGAUUCAAAGUUGAUAUUAGCAUCAACCAAGGGAAUGGCCUCGUCUCAGGCCAGAUUAUCACUGGUUUUUUGAAGGACAUGAUACCCAGCGCAAAAGGGAAGGAAAGCAAGGCUUUACGGAGCCUGGUCAUGAUUACGAAGGCGUUCUUGAGCCAGAGGAGCAUGAAUGAAGUAUACACCGGAGGACUGGGGAGUUACGCUAUUGUUUGCCUCGCCGUCAGUUUCCUGCAGAUGCAUCCCAAGAUUCGGAGAGGGGAAAUCGACCCAGAAAAGAAUCUGGGAGUGUUGGUGAUGGAGUUUUUCGAGUUGUAUGGGAACCAUUUCAACUACGACGAGGUUGGGAUCUCUUUAAGGGAUGGUGGAACCUAUUUCAAUAAAAGGCAACGAGGAUGGCAUGCCGAGUACAAAAGGAAUAUGUUGUCAAUUGAAGAUCCUGCUGAUCCCUCCAAUGAUAUAUCUAGUGGAUCGUACAAUUUCCACAAAGUCAGGACCGCCUUCUCCGGAUGUCAUGGCAUUCUGACUUCCACAGCGUAUAUGCGUGCUGGAAUCUUGAGUUCAAGGCACAAAGGAAGAUCUGUGCCACUGAGAGGACAUUACGAGCCUGAAGAUUUAAGUAUCCUAUCAACGGUCAUGGGCAUCACCCAGGAGACGAUCAAUCAUCGGCGACUCGUUCAAGAGUUAUAUGACAGAAGAGUCCUGCACAAUAUCCUUGGAGUGAAGCCUCAGCCAAUAGUCAUUCAAGAUUCCGAUGACGAGGUGGACGACGAGCGCAGGAAGGAUUCGAAAACAUCUCAUGUAAUUGAAUCUGUAUGGGAGAACGGGGACAGACAAAGCGAUUCCGACAACGACGACGCUCAUCUCCGGCGUAAUGGUCAUACUGGAGAUGAUGAUGGCGGUCGAUAUGCGAUUGGACGUCAACCUCCAAAGAAACGGCGGAGGACGGGGCGUGAGGAAGACUCCCACACGGUAUAUCUUGAGGACGAUGAUGAGGAUGAAGAAGAGCUUAGCUUUGGUGGCGGACGACGGGGGGAUGCUAACAAGGUUGAUGAGCUGGAGGAUGGCGAAUACUCCAGCAACGGAUCAGAUGAAGAGGACAGGCCUGGACGAUUUCAAAAGAGGGACGAUCCAAAGAGAGAUGCUCGGCGAUCGUAUUGGUUGUCGAAGGCGAUUGGCAUUGGGGGCGGCGUUGCCGAUGCGGACGCUACGUAG